AUGUACACUGGCAUGCAAGCUGACCAUGCAGCUGCGGAUGAGACGAGCGGGAGUUUGUCAACCCCGCCUCGGCGGACGGGGGCGUCACAGCCUCCAAGUAGUGGUGAUCGGCCGAGCAUGGGCUCGGGGCGAGGCAAAGGUCGUGGUGGUGAAGGUCCUGAGAGGUAUGUGAUGGCUUCUGAAGGAAGCUCAGGUGCUGAACGUAGUGAAGGAGUGGCUGAGAGCAGUUGGGAAUGGGAGACCGACUCUUCGUGGUGGAGCCCUUCUGGGAGGUAUGAAAACUGGACUUGGGUGGGUCGCCAUAGCCACUCAGACCGGUCAAGUUAUGGCGGUGCUUACGAUGCCAACUGGGAUUGGGAGCGACCUUCCGACCCUUGGUGGGAUUGGUACAACGAUCGACGUCAUCGAGAUCGUUCGGGAGUAUCUCAUGGCAGCGAUCAGGGAGAUCGUGAACAACCCGAUCAUAGAGGUUGGCGUGGUGAUCUUUGGAAUGAUUUGGAGGUGACCUCGCCGAAGUCAAUGCCAGCUGCGCGUGAUGUCAGCGGGGCCUUGCCGUCUGGUGAGAUGAGUUCUGUGGGUCAGCAGAAGGAGAACAAGGUGGCAGGUGAUCACCGCAACUCAAAAAUUUCUUCUUCGUACCCGCCCAUUUUUCGAGCGAAGCCUGGGGAGUCUUUCAAGGAAUGGAAGCGAUCAGUGGGCUUCUGGUUGGGCGGUGAAGCUGGUUCUCUUCCUGCAGAGCUCAUUGGUCCGAGGCUGAUGGUGCAAUUGAGGGACAGAGCGGGUCAGUUGGUGCACCAUCUGAGCAAUGAAGAUGUCAACAAGGCCAAUGGCAUGCAAUUGGUGAUGGAGACCCUGGAGAAGAGCCCAUUGAUCCGGCAACUCGACAAGCACAAGGUCGACAUGCAUCGCAAGCGCCUGAUGUCCUUGCGAAGGCUGCCACAAGAAAGUUUGGAGUCCUACGUAACCCGAGGUCAGCUCUAUCGCACUCAGUUGGUUGCCCUGGAUGAUGCGAUGCAGAUGGGUGAAUGUUUUUUCACUGGGCAUUUGUUGGAUGGAGCGCGGCUCUCGCGCAAGGACAAGGUGAUGAUUAAAACGAGAGCUGGCAGCGAUCGUGAGGUGGACGUGACCAACGCCAUGGUAGAGCUGGCCCCGGAGUUGGAAGGAGAGCAUGGCUUUCCAAUCGGCAAUUCUGAGCCGAAUGCCGCUGCACGCCAAGGCGAGGAGUUUCUCAUUCAGCGCCCUGAGAGCUCUCGCUUUGGCAAGAAGGAUGUCAACGCUGUCGAGCUCGACCCCUUUGCUGAGGAGAAUGUCGAGUUGGAUGAUGACGCUUCGAUGAUGCUGGAAGAGUUUGACCCUCCAGAACUGGUGCAAGCGGCCAAUGAGGCCUUUGCGUUGCAGCACAAGGCCAAGCAGCGCAUCAUGGAGGUGCGAAAGUUGAGACAAUACUAUCGUCGGCCAGAUCGUCCUGAGCAAGAAGAACGCCGACGAGCUUUGCAGGAGAAAAUGCGCACCUCGCCAUGUCACCGCUGUGGUGAAAUUGGCCAUUGGAGCCGAGAAUGUCCCCAGCGAAACAAUGCUGUGGCAGCCACCGCUGUGAAAGGAAGCCCUUCGGCAAAGACUGCUGAGGAUGAGUGGUCGGCUUUGGUGUCACUUUGUCAUCAACAGCCAAGUGUGGCAUCGUCCGCUUCGGUGGCAUACAAGGAGCGUUUUGUCGGGGUGAUCAAUCACGUUGGGGGCAUAGCUCAUGAAACGAUGUGGUGUCAGCAGGAACUUCGUUUACAUGUUAUUUUAGAUUUGGGAUGUGUGAAAUCGGUGGUUGGUUUGAGCUGGAUGAAUCAGUUGGUGAAAGAGUGGAAAAGUAAGAAUAGAUGGUUUGUGGUGCUCCCCGAGCAAGAGAAGUUCCAAUUUGGGAAUGGCGAAACGCUGACUAGUCAAGAGGCUCAGGUGAUCAAGAAGGUCAUGCCCAUGCCUGAAGUCGUUGAUUCUCCGGCAGCUGUCAUGUUCGAGCUUUCGAAUGACCGUUCAAUUCGUUCUUCAAACCCGAUGGCGACGGUGCCUGCGGCAGCCAAGGCGAAGUCCUCCGCAGACAAGCCAGUGGACGAACCGAAGGUCGUGAUUUGUCGCCUUUGCGGAGAUCCAGGUCACCGAGCCAAAGAAUGUCCCAUGUUGGAGCAAUUGGUGAGCGAGACGGAAGAGGAGGAGAUGAAGGUCGAUCAGGGCUAUUUGGAGCGAACUCGGAAGAAGAUUCAUUCUCGCCGCUCCUCUCGAGCUGCACCCCAACCCAAGAGCCCGAGGACGAGCACCGAGCAGCAUUCGACUUCGGAAUGGGAGCUCAUGCAGGGGCUUACCAAGGACGAGAUCGCCCUGAUCACCAAGCGCAGGGAGAAGGCGGCCGUCACCCGAUCCAAGCAGCAGGCCAAUCGAGCCCUCACGGGCGAGCAGGCGAACUUUCCGAGCCUCUCUCACAUGUGGUCUCAGGAGGUAGCCUUGAACAUGGACUUUCCUAUGGAAGAAGCUCCUUUGGCAGCUGAGGGUGAAGUCCGCCGUGGAUCGCAUUCAGGGCGCCCGCUGGAAGCGCAACCCACGAUGGUUAGCAAUGUUGCUGUCCAAGGAAGUGGGUGCGAUCUGGGGUCAUUACGGAGCACUUCGUCAGAAGUUGAACAACCCGGACAUUCUGUACCUGAUGUGACAAGGGAGAAGCAGUUCUUGCUUCAGCGUGGAAUGGUGCAAAGUCUGAAAAAGGGCGUGGGAAAAGGGUUGAAUAGAGGCCGCAGAAUCACCAGUACGGCCGCAAUGGAAGGCCGUUUUGUGGUGGUCGAGAUCUAUGCAGGCGUGGCCAAUCUCACCAAGGUUGCAAUGAAGGAGCUGGGCACCACAUGGUCCGCUUUGGAUCCCAUUGACAUCAUCUAUGGCCAUGACUUGAAGAAGAAGGCCACAAGAGAUGAAGUUUGGGAGCUGCUCUGCAAGACUGAGCCGGACCUGGUGACGCUUUCUAUGCCCUGCGGCCCAUGGUGUCAAUGGAUGAACAUGUGCGAUCCGGACGAAGUGGCCGACCGUCGCACUCUGGAUAUGCCCCUUUGGCGCUUUGCUCGAGACGUUUGGGACUUUCAGACGAAACGUGGAGCUCUUGCCAUGACGGAGAACCCCUUCGGCAGUGUGGGCCUGAAGUUGAGCUUCAUGGAAAAGCGCCCCAAGUUGAAUCGCGCCAAGGUUGCCCAGUGCAUGUUCGGCCUCAAGGAUGUGAUCUCGCACAAGCCCCAUCGUAAACUCACUGCCUUGGAUGCGAAUGAUCCUGACUUUGCCCGAUUUCUGGAAGAAGGAGGACAAUGCCUUCAUCAUCCUGAAGAACAUCAGAUUUUGGAAGGCAAAGUUCAGGUGGAUGGGAGAUGGGUGAACCGAACUUCCUUAGCAGGCAUUUGGCCAGUUCAGCUCUGUCGGCACAUCUUGAGAGCAGCUUGGAAAGCCUUGACAAAGAUCGAAAAGGUCCCGCCUUGGUCCUUGGCUGAUCCUGUAGGUGAGAGCAAGCUUUGGGAAGGGCAUGAGAUAAAUGCGGUGUCCUCCGGUCUCGUACCCGAGGAGAAUCUGCGACAGGAGCUUCAGAACUUGGGAGCUGGUGGCGAUCGCUAUGGCUACAUCACUUUUGAAGGAGAAGGCCAACAAGUUCCACGUCGGAUUCGUUCGGCAGUGGCCCAUCUCCAUGCUGCAUUGGGCCACCUGGCAAAUGACCGAUUGGUCAGAAUGCUGAUGCUGAGCGGCGCUGGUGAAGCUAUUCUCAAGGCAGCUCGCAAUCUUCGUUGCCAGGUGUGCGCGAUGGUACAGCCGCCUCGUGAUGCUCCCCAAGUGGCUUACAAUAAGCCGUCCAACUUCAAUGAACGCAUCUCGGGCGACACCUUUUUCAUCUGGGAUUGCAAAGGAAAGAAGUACGGUGUGGUGCAUUUCCUGGACGAGCUCACGGACUAUCAUGUGGCAGAUUGCACAAAUGUGGUGGACUCUACGUUUGCGGCUGGAGUUCUGCGCGACCAAUGGUAUGGUGUCUUUGGCCCCCCGGAUGUGAUUGUCACGGAUGGCGGCAUGGAGUUUGCCGGAGCGGUGGAAGUCCUCAACGACUUGAUGGGUGUGGUUCAUGACACCAUACCUGAAGGAGCCAAAUGGCGACUGGGGCAUGCGGAACGUCAUGGGAGCAUCCUCAAACUUAUGUUGCUGAAGAUGCUCAAGGGCCUCAAUUUGGAGGGAUUGGAUGACAUGCGUAUGGCCGUCACGGCAGCCUGCUCUUCCAAGAAUCGCCUGUGCAAUCAUGGCGGAGUGUCGCCUCUUCAGGCAGUGACUGGCCGAAACGCAUUGAUCCCAGCUUCGCUGAUGACGCAGAUCUGCUCUGGCAAGAUGAAGUUCGUGCUCAACCAGGACCUGGAUCGAGAAGAAUGUCUUCGUCGAGCUGAACGCAUCCGCCAUGGGGCCAUUGAGAGCUUUCAUUGGCUUGACUCUCACACCACCUUGCGGAGGGCAUUGGCAAGCAAGUCACGACCUCCUCGCUUGGAGAUGCUGAAGGAGGGUGCGGUGGUCUACAUCUAUGAUCCACCUGCCAAUCGCAGAGGCCUUGCCAGGCGGUUGCAGGACAAUGUCAGCUGGCAUGGCCCGGCCACUGUGGUGUGUGUGGAAAGGGAUCGACGCCUUCCAGGUCGCAUUUGGGUGCGUCUUCGCGGCCGAGUCAAGUCUGUGCCACUGGAAAAGAUCCGGCUUGCGACAAAUGAGGAGCUGGUGAGCGGACAGUUCAUCAAUGAGGCACUUCAUGAAAUGCACGACGAGCUCACCUCUGGAAAGCUGCGUGCAACGGAGGUGGACAUGCCGAUGUUGGAAGAUGAGACUCCAGAAGUGCCUCCGGAACUGAAGGCGAUCCCCGAAGAGGACUCUUCGUCUUCUUCGGACUCUGGAAGCUCCAAGGAAGGCGCAAUGGAUGAAGACCAUGAGACUGAUCGCAUGCGGCUGGAGAAGCGGCUUUUGGAUGAUGUGCCAUUGCAGUUCCGAGCCGACAGGGCUUCCUCUUCGGCCGCUCAGUCUCCAGAGAGCCAAGACCGGGAGCCACAUUCGCUCCCUUUUCACAAAAAGCAGCGCCUCUUUGAGAACCUGAGCAAGUCACUGUCUCCGCCCACGCCCAUUCAAGAAGCUCGAGUUCGGGGACAAUUGGAAAGAGCCUUUGAGCAGCUCAAGACUGUGCGUCGCACAUUGAACAAUGCUCGCCCUCGACCCAAGGCUGGUGCGAAAGAGGUGACCCGUCGUCGGGCUCCGCAGACUCCUAUUGCGGCUGUGAAUAGUCCAACAGAAGAGGAGCCUGCUCCAGAACAAGAAGGACGCGAAGAUGUGCUGAUGGUCUCUACUCCAAUUCAGGAGCCAAUUGAAGAUUUGACAACGAGCCCAUGGUGCUCCCUGCAGGCUGGCCUCACAAAGGUGGAAAUGCCCUCAGAGAGCAGCAGUGAAGACUCAAGUAUCACCUUUCCUGACGGCCCCUAUGUCCCUGACGAGGUCGGCACUUUUGCGGAUGAGCGCCUUGCCUCUUACCUGAACCGCGUCCGCUCUGACGAGAACGAGACUUUGGAGCUCGAGAAGGUGAUCGAAAACAUCGAGACCGGCCAGACUGAAUAUGGCACGUAUGUCACAGAGGUGUUGCAGCAGCACGUCUUGUGGACGUCAAAUGAAGUGCUCGCUGGCCAAGACAUGCCCGACCGCCUCAAGAAGAACCUGGAGGACGAGCAGAAGGUCUUGGACCAAGCCAACUUGAUCACUGGAAAGGAGCGUGUCGAGAUGGCUUGGAAUCAAUUGGAUGAGAGUUGGCGCCAAGCCUUUGUGAAUCCCAUCGUGAAGGGCUUCAAGGUGUAUUUUGAUCAUCAAGCUCUUGCUGGAGUACCUGAAGGUCAAUGGGUGGAUCCUCAGCGAAUUUUGCCUUCAAGGUUGGUGCUCACCAACAAGGGCGGCCCAACACUGGAAGAGGCAGAGCUCAAGGCCAGAUGGGUCUUUGGGGGUCAUCGUGAUCCUGAUGCUGGAAAGUAUCCCACUUCAAGCCCAACGGUGUCAUUGGUGGGUCACAACUUGCUGAACUUUGUGGCGGUGCAAAAGGGCUGGUGUGUGGCCUAUGAGGAUGUCUCGGCGGCUUUUCUUCAGGGACAAGGUCUUCCUGCCGAACGCGAGAUCUAUGUGAAGAUCCCUCGAGGCUAUCCUGAAGAAGCUUUAGCCGAACUACAAAAACUCAUUGGCCCUGGCAUGCGCUCUGAUCUGGUGCGCCUCUUGAAAGGAGGAUUUGGUCUGCCAGAAUCCCCUCGACUGUGGUACUUGGAGUACAAGAAUACUUUGCUCAGCUUGGGCGGUCGUGAACUCAAACUUCUACCUGGUUUCUUUGUCUUUGACGAUGAAGAGGGCAACCUCAUUGGAAUGGCCUGCAUACAUGUUGAUGACACCCGCUAUGCAGGAUCUCCUGCGGCUGACAAGAUUUGGGAUGCCCUUCAUCAAAGACUGAACUUUGGAAAGAAGCGAUUGGCAACUGACGGAUGGACCAAGUUUUGUGGUCGUUUUGAACGUCAGGAUCCGGCCACUCUGGAAUUCUUUUACUCCAUGGAUGAGUAUAACCUGAACAUCCCCUUUGUCGAGGAGCGUUCAAAGACCGAUUUGGAGCGACCGCUGACUCCCUUGGAACGCAAGGCCAUCAGUUCGGUGAUUGGGCAGUUGGCCUGGUCUGCGAGGCAAUGCAGACCCGAUCUGAGCUUCGGGUGCUCUCAUGUCCUUCAGCUAGCGGGCCAACAAGAUCCUUUAGCGCUUCAUUGGCUCAAUAAGGUGGUGAAGCGCGCCCGUAUGCUGAUGGAGAUGCCGAUCCGUCAUUUGGGCUGCGAGCUGGAGGAGGUUGUCUUCUUGGCCGUGAGCGACGCCGCCUAUGCUUCGCAGCCUGGUGGAGGAAGUCAAGGUGGACUGAUGGUGGGGAUCGCCAAUCCCUUGAUCCAGGUGGGCAGCUCCAAGGUGGCCUUUUUGGAGUGCCAGUCAUCCCGUCUUCAACGAGUGGUUCGCUGCUCCAUGUCAGCGGAGCUGUCAAUGGCAGCAACAGCAUAUGAACACUGUGACUAUUUGAGGGCCGUUUUUGCUGAGGUGAUGCGACCUCAGUUCCGGCUGUCGCAGUGGAAAUUCCACGCCAGUCACUGGCGCAACAUUUUGGUGAUGGAUGCCAAGGUGGCCUAUGACGCCCUCAACAGCGAGACUGCCCCCACGGACAGGAAGCUGAUCGUGGACAUUGCAGUUCUUCGCGAAGCCUUGGAGGACACGGCGGAGAGCGGGUUUGUGAGGUGGGUUCCAGGCAAGGAGAUCCCCUCGGAUGGCCUUACAAAGUGGUACGGCAAUGGAGCGCUGGAGAGAGUGCUUUGUGAAGGCCGUUGGUCUCUGAUGGACACGGAGACGGCUGCAGAACUCCGCCGACAAGUGGCAGUUCGCAAACGCCGUUGUAAAAAGGCCAAGUUGUAG